AGAUGAAUUUCAAUGAAUUUAACCAUAUUUUAUUUUAUGGGUCCGGCCAUUUUAGCUCGAAAGAAAGAUCUGGGGAGGACUUCACUCUCAUCAUGAGUCUACCCUUUUAGCAGAUCCACACGCACCUCUCUCUCUCUCUCUCUCUCUCUCUGGAACCGGAACUUCAGCACAGCGAAUUCAACUGGCAUCAAUGUCAAUGCCGCGGCUUUUUCAGUCAAUCCCGGCUCUACUACUAGCACUAUCUCUUCUCUUCGCUUUGUCAUCGCCGAGCGUUGAAGCCUCCGUACAUCUUUACUCGGGAGAGAAAUUCGUGACCAAAGGCAACGCCUUCGUAGUCCACGCCGGCAGCGAGGGAAUCUACUCCUCUUCUGCCAAUCGCAACGAAUCCUCUUACAUACGGUUUGAAAAGAUUACAUUCAAGAGGCCCAAAGAGUUCUCAAAUGUCAGCUCACUGCCAAUUCAUGCCGUUAUUUUUGAGGUGGAUGAUAGAGAGACAAUUGGAGGCUCAGCUUAUGGGGGCCAAAGAGCUGUAUGCUGUACAGCAGAUCUUGCGAAAUUGGGUGUGUGCACACAAGGAGAAAUCAUUCACCGGCAGUCCAUCAAAAAUCCUGGCUGGCCCCAAGUGUUUGGUGUAUCGUUUGGUGUUGAUGAUCUAACCUCAACAUUGAAAUCUAAGACGAUACAAAUUACAAAAACGGGGAUGUAUAAUCUCUAUUUCAUUCAUUGUGAUCCGAAUCUCAAGGAGUUGGUCGUAGAGGGGAAAUCUGUAUGGAAAAAUCCCUCCGGUUACUUACCUGGUAGAAUGGCUCCACUUAUGAACUUUUAUGGGUUCAUGUCUCUUGUAUUUGUGAUACUUGGAGUGUUUUGGUUCUCUCAGUAUGCAAGAUUUUGGAAAGAAGUGCUUCCAUUGCAGAAUUGUAUAACCCUAGUGAUAACAUUGGGCAUGUUUGAGGUGGCCUUGUGGUACUUUGAUUAUGCCGAAUUUAAUGAAACUGGAGUUAGACCAACUGGGACCACUGUCUGGGCAGUCACCUUUGGCACCGUGAAACGCACAGUUUCACGUUUGAUAAUCCUGACAGUUUGUAUGGGCUAUGGUGUUGUAAGACCUACCCUAGGUGGUCUUACUUCAAAGGUUGCAAUGCUCGGAGGAACCUUCUUUCUUGCAUCAGAAGUGCUUGAACUGGUAGAGAAUGUUGGAGCCAUCAGUGAUCUUUCAGGGAAAGCAAGACUGUUUUUUGUUCUUCCUGUGGCUUUCUUGGAUGCUUUCUUCAUUCUUUGGAUAUUUAUCUCGCUCUCUGGUACUCUGAAUAAGCUUCAGGCUAGACGGAUGUUGGGAAAGCUAGAUAUAUACAGGAAGUUUACAAAUGCUUUGGCAGUAACUGUUAUUGUGUCAGUAGGGUGGAUAUGCUAUGAGCUUCACUUCAAGUCAUCUGAUGUGUACAAUGAGCGAUGGCAGAAUGCUUGGAUCAUCCCUGCCUUCUGGCAAGUUCUCUCUUUCUCUCUGCUCUGCGUCAUCUGUGCUCUCUGGGCACCAUCUCAGAACUCUACGAGGUAUGCUUACUCAGGCGAUCCAAGUGAAGAGUUUGACAAGGAUGAUACUUUGACACUCAUAAAACCGUCCCCUAUGCCUUCAAAGGAUGUCCGAAGUCCAACUGAAGUCAUGCCAGUAUACGGUGGAAAUGGAUUAUCAAACGGUGAUACGGAAGAAGACAAAACGGAAUAGCUGUUAGACUUGAUAGUUUGUGAGAAACACCAUUACUCCAAUGAUCAUCCAGACGAUCGCAUUGUCACUCCCUGAGCCUUUGUAGAACUUAUGCCGGUGGAGUUGGUAAAAUUACUUUAGGGGAAAUACGAUUGAGUUUGCCUCUUUUAUAUGUUUUCUUGUUCUCUUCCUUUUUUCCCUGUCUUGUGUAUCUUGUUACCAUUUAUUUGAUUGAUAUAGACUUCUACCAUGUUUUCCAUAAUUGUUAGCCACGGCUCGUGGUUUUGUAAUAGCACACAGUUAAGUUCAUCACUAGCAAACGUUUCUCAAUGAAUGAAGCAAAUUUCUCGUCUUCUGAACCCGAUAAAA